AUGUUUAUGGAGGCACUGCAGUGGUCUGUCUGUGCAACUUCUGUGGAAUCCCUCGACACCCUGUUCAAUGACCUUGAGCAGCUGGGGGCAGCAAGACCCCCAACAAGGUGUUACAAAAGGGAGGAGAUUGCAAACCAGAUUCAAGCAAUAGUAGAUGGUGGCAAAGAGACAGGAAAAGAUGUUGUGACCAAGGCAUUCUUGGCAGGGCAGUAUGAAGAGGUUAUCGGCACCGAAUUCUACGCUACCACAAUGGAUGGCAAGAGCACUUUGGGCAAAAUGAGCUUUAAGAAUUGGAAGCCUUUGGAUGCUGUGACAGUCAUUGAUUCGUCGGUGAACAAUCGUGGCGAAGUUGGCAGUUCACAGGAGUACCGGACUGAAGCCAACUUCACAUUUACCGAGAGCGGCAUGAAAGGCAAAAGCUCGCUCAUCGGGUCCUACAGACUUGAUGAAGAAGACCCAUCAAAGAUCAUUGUCCAGUUUGCUGCAGUGAGGCUGGGUCCUGGAUCAUCCGAUCCUGCAGAUGUCAAGGCCUGGAAGGAGUUCCUCGGGCCCCACAACCCAACAAUGGAUGAGGAUGGCUUUGUUGUGACGCCAUUCGAAAAAGGCCCUCAGGCAUGGCUGCAGUUCAUCUACAUGGACAAGGACGUGCAGUGCUUCGAGUCACAAAAUGGAACUUUCCAUAUGCUGAAGAGGCUCAGUUAA